AUGUAUUCCAACCAUAAAUUACUUAUCGCCAACCGUGGAGAGAUAGGUGUUCGUAUCAUACACACAGCAAGGCAGCUUGGAAUUGUCACCUUAGCCAUUUACACGUCUUCAGACGCCCUCUCUCCACAUGUCUCCCUCGCAGACGAGUCAGUCAUGCUGCAGUCCAGUCCCGAAGGCGACUCUGGGGUUGCACCGUCCGAGUCCAAGGCCUACCUUUCUGUCACUCAUAUUCUCUCCAUUUGCAAACAAUAUAAUGUCACGCUUGUUCAUCCGGGCUAUGGAUUCCUCUCCGAGAACGCAGAGUUUUCACGACUCGUUAUCGAAGCUGGUAUCACCUGGCUCGGACCCCAGCCUCACAUUAUCGAGAUGAUGGGGUUGAAGCACGAAGCAAGAGCUAUAGCUGCUCAAGCUGGCUUACAGCUUGUCCCAGGCUCACAAGGGCUUCUCAGUCUUUCCAACGACGCCUUGGUAAUGGCCAAGGAGGUACGCUUUCCCGUCAUGUUAAAAGCGACAGCUGGAGGUGGUGGGAUGGGUCUUGUAAUUUGCUAUAAUGAGGAAGAGCUUGUUGAGCGAUUUACCGCUACGAAGGAACGCGCUCAGACCCUUUUCCAUCACAAUGGAGUUUUCAUCGAACGUUAUUUCCCAGCUGCACGUCAUAUUGAAGUUCAGAUAUUUGGGAAUGGCCUGGGUGACGUCGUGCACAUGGGAGAGCGAGAAUGCAGCGUGCAGCGAAGGCACCAAAAAGUCAUCGAGGAGACUCCUAGUCCUUUCUUCUCUCACCAUCCUGGCCUCAGGAAUGAUAUAUGUCAGGCUGCAGUUCAAUUAUGCAAGAUGAUUAAAUAUGCUUCUGCAGGCACUGUCGAAUUUCUUGUGGAUGAUAACACAGGAAGUUUUUAUUUUCUGGAAAUGAACACGCGCAUACAGGUCGAGCACCCCAUCACAGAGGCCAUCCAUCCCGGGCUUGACAUCGUCAAACUCAUGAUCGUGCAAGGCAUUGCCCAAUUUGAAAACAUUGAUGGAGGACUAGACUUCCAUGCAGCGGGAGUGUCGCAAGACGUCUACGACAGGAACAUUGCUGCCGGACAGACGCAUGCUAUUGAAGCGCGAGUGUACUGCGAGAACCCAGCGGACAGCUUCAGGCCAUGUCCUGGGAUACUACAGUUCGUAGAUCUAGAGGUGAAGGGAAGCGAUGAAUGGCUGAGGAUAGAUCAUUGGAUCUCGAGUGGAACGUCGAUCACACCUUUCUUCGACCCUCUUUUGUGCAAAUUGAUCGUAGUCGGCUCAACUAGGGAAGAGGCUAUCACGAGAUUGAUCAAAACACUCGAAGAAUGUAAGAUUCAUGGCCCACCUAAUAACAUUCACUAUUUAAAAGCAAUCUGCGAGAGUUCAACGUUCACACUCGGCAAAGCAACGACGAAGUUCCUCGAUACCUUUCCCUUCAUACCAAAAGCUAUGGCUGUGAUAUCUGGUGGGGUCGAGACCACAAUCCAAGAUCUACCUGGCCGUCGAAUUGGAUUUGGAAUCCCACGAAGUGGGCCCAUGGACUCUCAAGCGUUCAGCACAGCCAAUCUUCUCGUGGGGAACAUGCCGGAGACGGAAGCAUUGGAGAUCGUCACUUUACCUGGAGCUGACUUCAGGUUGCGUUUCCUUGUGUCAGCAGUGGUAGCAGUGACCGGUAAAAGCGUGCCUGUAAAAAUUGAUGGUAAGGAAGUGGAGAUGUGGACUCGCCUAGUCGUUCCGGCAGAUGGAAGGCUUGUCAUUGGAAGUAACCAGACCAGCGCAGGAUUGAGAGUGUAUCUCGCGAUAAGGGGUGGAUUCCCUGAGGUACCUGAAUAUCUAGGAUCCAAGUCGACGUCCAUGGGCACAGGAGGAUACCAGGGAAGAAAGCUGGUGUCUGGAGAUCAACUAGCUCUCGGCGAUUGCGAGCCUACAGAGGAAGAAGCGACUCAGUCGGCUUCCCAACGAGUACUACACACUCUCAUACCUCUCUAUCACAAGGAUUGGACGGUCUACGUUCUCGCAGGCCCACAAGAUGACGAAGAAUAUUUGUUGAACAAAGGCUCCCAAACGUUUUACUCGACUUCCUGGCGCAUAAGCUCUUCGAGUAACCGCAUGGGCAUACGUCUGGAGAGUAAGGAAAGGUUUGAGUGGGCGAGAAGCAGUGGUGGUGAGGGCGGUUCUCAUCCGAGUAAUAUACUAGAUAACGGGUAUGCUCUGGGAUCGGUGAACGUUAAUGGAGAUACACCUGUUAUCUUGACGCAGGAGGGCCCGGAUAUGGGCGGGUAUGUUUGUGUGUGCACUGUUGCGUCGGCUGAGAUGUGGAAGUUGGGCCAGUUAAGCCCGGGAAAUACUGUCAAAUUCCAAAGGAUAACGUAUGAUGAUUCUGUGUUGUGUAGAGAAAAUCUCGUGCAGUGGUUUGAAGCUAUCAAGAGCACAUUGGUCGAUCCUUCAGUUUCUCCAACGUGGACUCCUGUAGAAUUUGAAGAUAAACCUCUGCAAUCGAUAUUGCAUGCCGUUCCCGAGUCGGAGGACAAAGCAAGACCCGGGAUCGUGAUACGUCAGGCUGGAGAUUCCGCUGUCCUGGUGGAGUACGGUGAUUCACGACUCGACUUCCACAUGCGAGCUCGUGUGCAUGCGUUGGAAACUGAAGUAGGCAAGAGGGGGGUCAAAGGCGUAUGGGCAUUUGCGCCUUGCAUCCGCUCUACCAUGAUUCACUACGAUCCGGCGGUGAUAUCCCAGAGAGAACUGCUUGUACUUCUUCUCGACGUCGACUCGUCCCUUCCUGCUUCGAUGUCUGAGGUGGAGUUCCCUGGGCGAAGGAUAAUAUUUCCCAUUGUGCUCGACGAUCAAUGGAGCCGAGAGGCAUGCCAGAGAUACAUGAGCACUACGAGAAACAAGGCUGUAUAUCUUCCUAGCAACAUCGACUAUCUGGCUAGGAACAAUGGUAUCCCAGGCGGUGCUUUUGAGACUUUGUGGAAACUGAUAUCGUCAAACUGGCUCGUUUUCGGUGUUGGUUUCUACUUGGCGUGUCCCUUUCUGGUUCCGGUCGAUCCACGAUGUCGAUUGGUAGGCCAGAAGAUGAAUCCUUCGCGGACAUUUACUCCCAGGGGAGCCGUGGGUAUUGCUGGCGUGGUGGCUGCCAUAUAUCCCACCGUGUCUCCUGGAGGAUACCAGUUGUUUGGGAGGACAUUGCCAGGCUGGCAAACGUGGGGAAAGGGAGCGGAUUUCCGCUCUGAUAGGCCUUGGCUGCUUCGGCCGUUUGAUCAGAUCCACUUCAACCCAGUCAGUGAAAAGGAAUAUUUAGAGAUAGAAAAGGAGUUUGAUGCAGGGCGUUAUUCGUUCAAGAUUGAGCCCAUAACAUUUUCUAUGGCGAAUUAUGAUCGCUUCACCAAGUUAAUCGCAGAGGAGAUCACACAGUUCAAAGAAAGACAAGCUAAAGGAUCAGCCCAAGAAGAAGCGCGCGAGGAAGAGCUUCUUCGCGAAUGGCAGGCUGACAAAGAAGCCAAAGAAGCUGAGAGCGCUUUAUCUACUGAAGUGGGCGAUGUCAAUCACAUGGGACCAAAGGUUCAAUCGUCGUUGUCAGCUUCGAUAUGGAAAAUCAAGUGUAGUCCUGGAGAUGUCGUCAAGUCGCCUGAGGACGUAUUGGUCAUUCUGGAAGCAAUGAAGACAGAAAUUGCUGUUCGCGCUGGGGAGGAGAACGUUGGGCGAACAGUGCGGGGUAUGGGAAAGGAGAUAAUAGAAGGUGCCCAUGUACAACCUGGUGACGUGCUCGUGCUCCUAGAUUGAGUGUGUGGCGAUGAACGAUGCUAUGCAGCAUCGUGGGUGCCUAGUAUAUGCAAAUGGAGAUGCUCUAAAUACUCUUCACACUUUCUAGCUCUACAAGCGCCAGCACUCUGUUUAACUGUACAUCACAUCUGUAGUACAAGAUUGUAAUAUAUGUAACUAUUUUAGAAGUAAACUUCGCCCGUAGGCGUUGUAUGUACUUCAGGACCAUU